GAAGUGUGAUUAAGUCUCGAUCACAGUCUGUAGAAGCUAAUCGCAAUCCACCUGUCAGAUAUUGAGAGUUAAUUGAGACCAGUCAUCUAACUGAUAGGAAGGUUAAGAAAGAACGCAUAUUAAAUUUGUUCCCCAUCCUUUAAAUGUUAAGAAGAUCAUACAGAAGUUGCUUUCUCUCUCCAACAGCCAAAGUUCAACCAUACUCUGCUCUACGUGGAUUGGUAACAAAGAUGUCUAGGGUAUCAGAACGGAGACUCCUCAAGAAAAUAAUAGUAAUGCUACUGAUUACUUGGUACCAAGGCAAGGGCAAUACUUUGAUAGUUCAUCGGGAAGCUGUGUACAAGAAUAGCAGUCUUCUCCUAAAAUUUGAGGGAACGCAGGCAACUAGCACCAACAUCCUGUUCCAAUCAGGAAACACGAAAAUGAAUGUCGACUUAUCUUACAUUGGACAGUUAACUGCAUUAACUGUGACAAACGAAACCAAGCUUGAUAACAUCAAACUGACAGUUACCCGUGAAACACGAGAUUAUGAACUUGAAUUUUUUGCUCCUAUAACGCCUCGAUCUAUCCGGUUUAUGAUCAGCAACUGUGAUUUGGAAGGUAGUCUGCCAAACGUAACUGAAUGCCAAAUGAAAGAAUCUUGUCCAGGUCUUAACUUUUCUAGGUUGAACUAUGUGAAUGCAGUGUGCCUGCUGAAAUUUCCUGCAUCGUGGCCUAGGAAAGUAAAUAUAUUAACAGAUGAAGACAUACUGUUCUGGAAAUCUACAUCAUUUAGUCAGGAAUCGAUUAUGUUUUGCUAUCAUGGAGACAACAAUUUACAAUUUAAGAAUUUUUAUAUAAACCAAACUUGGUGUUCUGAUAAACAGUUGCGAGAUAGUGUCAAAGGGAAAAAUUCCUUUAAAAGCCGAGUGUUGAGAAAAACUGAAUACCUCAGACUAGGGGGAGACAAUGUGCUGAUGUGCAUUGGCUGCGAGAUAGCGUCAAAAGGAAAAACCCCUUUAAGACGCCGAAUGUUGAAAAACACUAACCCCUCCUUUUCCAUUUCUUUCUCUUCUUCUUCCGUCUCCUCAUCACCUCCGUCUACAUUAUCUUCCUCCACCUCCACCUCUUCUCCAUUGUCUGUACCAUCCUCUACUUCCUCCUACUCAUUCUCCUCCUCUUUCUCAUAUCCCUCAUCAUUAUGGUCAUCGUGGUCGACACUGUCAUCGUCUUACCACAACGCAAUUACACAAGAAGGAACAUCUUCAGUAGAAGCUGACCCAGUCGUUACCUCGACAGUUACAGAAGCAGGAGGACCAUCAAAUGCUGAAGGCCAUCCAGUUACCAUAGUCCCAACAACCCCGAAUUUAUGCUGGUGUCCUUGUUCACAGACAUCGAUGAAUUUGACCCAAGAGGAACUAGGGAUGAAGUUACGCCAAAUCUCUUCAGAGUUAUCCAUUCCACGUAAAAUCACAUCCAAGUACAUACGUUCAAAAGUCAGUAUAGAAGACAAAAGAGCUUCUUCUUUCUAUAUGGGCUCUGCCAUAGUGCUUAUCAUCACCAUUCCUUUUGGCUUGAUCAUUCUCAUGGAUCUAUUCCCAUUGUUUAAAUGGGCAUAUGGUUAUUUAAUUUCAUAA